AUUUUAAUUUCAUAAAAAACAUUUCUAGAAACCGGUAUGUCGUACAUUGGACCUAUUUUUGCCGUCAAUAAAACGUCAGAAAAUGACGUCGUUGGGAUGUGACUUAGGACCGUGAAAAAUACGUCAUUUUUACGUUAAACUUUAGGAAUAAAUGACGUAACAUACGUCAUAAAAUGACGUAAGAAUCACGUCAUUAUGACGACUGUCUGCUACCUGGGUAACUAAUCGGCUUUCCACCAAAAGAACGGACUGGGAGCGAUAUCGUGAAUUAAUCUCUAAGGACUUUGAAACAUUUUCAGAAACAUAAAUCCAUUCACUCCUGGGUUGAAUACAAAAGGUGCCGUGCGUUGGCUAAAAAGACUCUCAACGAGAAGAAGAAAGAAAAUUUCAUGGAAUUUUGCCAGGGAAUAAACAAAUUUACGGACCCUGGAUAUGUCUAGAGGACUAUCCGUAUAUUUAAGAAGGCCAGGAAUAACGUUACUUGGAAUAAAUGGCAGUCCAUUGACAGAGAAUCGGAAAUUAGGAGAACGACGGACAGCUUGUCCCCCCCUACUGUCGGUCACAAACCUUAUAAUAACUUCAUGAGAGCUAGCGGUGAGUUUGAUACCCCUUUUUUGAGGGCGGAGCUGGAUAGGACUAUAACUAUGGCCAGGAGAGACUCUGCACCGGGGCUGGAUGGCGUGGAAUACAAGAUGUUACGCCUCUUGCCGGAUUCAGGACGAGAGAAGGUGCGACCUAUUUCAUUGUCAUCUUGUGUAGGCAAACUGAUGGAGAGACUCAUUAAUGAACGACUAAUGUGGUGGGCGGAGAACGAGGAUAAAUUUAGCAAAUCACAGAACGGAUUUAGACGGGGUAAAUCUUGUGCCGAUAACCUUGCACGCAUUACGGCGGAUAUACGUGCCUCUAUUUGUUCUAACGAAUAUGCCCUGGCAGCCUUUUUGGAUGUAUCUGCGGCGUAUAACUGUGUGAAUUACUGGAUCAUGAUGGACAAGCAUGAUGGUGGCGCUUCAAUGUCCUGUAAACAUUGCUAGAUUCAUCAGUAAAUGGCUAUACUGUAGAAGGGUGAGAUUUACUAUAAAUUCUCAAGAAUACGUGGAUCGCCUUGUUUACGGAGGGCUCCCGCAGGGCGCGGU